AUGUCUUACACUAAGAAACAUGUCAAGAUCGACCUUUGGCCGGAGAAGGAGAAAGAGAAAUACCCUAAAAACAGAGAAACCCUUAAGUUCAUAACAAUUCAAACUCUUCUUCUCUUGUGCUCCAUUUCUCUCAUCUUCCUAAUUCUCCUUCUCCCUUUCACAUCUCCACCACAAACAAAAAAAUCCCCAUCCACACUCCCUCGCAAGUGCGACCAAAACUUCACCGUCUACGUCUACGAUCUUCCCAUAGAGUUCAACAUCGGCCUCCUCCAAAACUGCCGACACUUGAACAUCUACACGGACAUGUGUCCGCACGUAGCCAACAACGGUCUCGGUCAGCCUCUCCGUCGCGGCGGCAGCCGCGGGACGUGGUUCGCGACGCACCAGUUCAUAGCCGAGAUGAUCUUCCACGCACGUGCGUUGAACCACCCGUGCCGCACGUUUGAGCCAGACAAAGCCGACAUAUUCUACGUUCCUUUUUACGGUGGGCUCUACUCUUCAAGCGUGUUCCGAGAACAAAACCUAACGAAGCGCGACGAGCUAGCCGUUAGAUUAGUCGACUACGUUAGUGGUCAACGAUGGUGGAAGAGAACCAACGGUCGUGAUCAUUUCUUGGCGAUUGGAAGAACCGCUUGGGAUUUCAUGCGAUCAAGUGAAGACCCUGACUUUGGUGCAAACAUGCUCAUGCAAAUGCCACGUGUCAUGAACAUGUCGGUUCUGACCGUGGAGAGGCAACCGUGGAAAGGUGACAAUCAGUUCGGUUUACCGUACCCUUCUUAUUUUCACCCGUACACGUCAGCAGAGAUGGUGACGUGGCAAGACAAGAUGAGAAGAGUCGAGAGACCACACUUGUUUAGUUUUGUCGGUGGUCCGAGAAAGGGCUUGGAGAAAGCAGCCAUUAGGGACGAGCUGAUCAGACAAUGUGCCGGCUCGAGCCGCUGUGAGCUACUCAAGUGUCAAAGUGGAGGGUCCAGGUGCCACGACCCGAUGGUUGUAUUAGGAGUGAUGGCUCGGUCACGGUUCUGCCUACAAGCACCAGGGGACUCGUUCACGCGCAGAUCAACAUUCGAUGCAAUGUUAGCCGGAUGCAUACCGGUCUUUUUUUCACCCCACACUAUGUAUACACAGUACAUGUGGUAUCUUCCUGACGACAGAAGAAGUUACUCAGUGUUCAUGGACAAUAAGAACAGCACUCAGAUAGAACACGAGCUCUCGAGGAUCUCGGAGAGCGAUGUGGUUAAAAUGAGGGAAACGGUCAUCAAUUUGAUACCGAGACUGACUUAUGCGCACCCAAACGCAACUAACUAUGAUUUGCCAGAUGCGGUUGAUGUAGCGUUAGAGGCACUAGCUAAGCAAGCAAGGGCCAAGGUUGUGUAUCCAUUGUAA